AUUCAUCUUUGCAAUCUUUUACUUUAUUCGAUUUAUCAUUUCUUACCAAUACUAGAUUUUUAUACUUCAUUCAUUCAACUUUAUCAAUUAUUACCUAAGAUUUGGUCACUUCAAUACCUAUUAUUUGACUUUGUGAAUUUUACUACUAUAGCAUUAUUACCUUUGUUAUUAUCCUAUUUAUUUCAAAACAUCAACUUAUUAAGUUAUUGAUUUCUAUUGCACGCCUUUUUCUUUACUGUAGCUAAGCUUGACAUUCUUUGGCUAUUCGAGUUUUUUUCUUCUGUGGUUUUCUGCGGAGGGGGAAAAUUUUGGAUAUCAGGUGUUAAGUUUUCUACAUUUCUUUCUUUACCAGUUUUACGAAAAUUUAUUCUCUUUUAGAAUUUAUUUCCUUUCCCACAAGAUGUUGUCAGUUCACUCUUUCUUCUCGCAAAACAACGGUGACCACAUCCACAAGUGCGGCAAGGAAUCUUCUGCUGAUGCGGUGAGCGGUGCGUCGCAGAACGAGAAAUUAUGCUAGAAACAGAGCCGCCGUCUUUGACUUCUCCCUGUCGCAGGGGUGCGAAUCGUGGUGAUUGUCUUCGUUUAUCCCGGGAAGGUGAACCCUCUCGGGAAAAUGGAGACGGUUGCCGCGGUGUUGAUGCACUUUCUGUGGCGGGAGAAUGUAAAACACCUGCACAGGACGAGCAGCCUCAUGGGGCGAUCAUGAUGUCAACGAGCAGAAGAAGACACAACACUUCUACGUUAUUCCCUUCCGACGGGAGUGGACGCCUGUCGGUCGGGAAUUCGACUUCUUCGAGCUCAAGUUGUUCUAAUUUCCGGAACAAGAACACAUCAACGCAGGAUGUUUUGGAAGAAGACGUGUUUUCAAGAAAAAACCACGCAAGGAUAAUUUUUACCGAUGUUGGAGGAAACAAAAACAAAAGUGGAAACAACAACAAGCAGAGGAUAUUACCGCAGCUGGAACGCGAUUCGGAGUGGACGCCGAAGCGCAGAUGCAGCAGCAGUACGUCUUCUAGCAGUUGUGUCAACAACAUUUCCACGUCCUCCUCAUCAAAUCUCAUGCGAGAAGAUGAGAUGAAGAAUUAUAGUCACUUCUACCCCUCAAGAAGGAGAAGGCGAUCGAGAAUAAACGACCAAAACCUCUUUUCUUGGCGGAGACGGAGAACCACCACCACUUUCGACCCCGGAAGUAGUAUAUUUCCAUGCGGUGCGAAGUUCUCUUGCGGCGGCGACGCGAAUAAAACGCAGCAGCUGCAAGUAGUAGACAGAAAAAAUUCUCCAGCGGGUAAAAAUAGCUGCGCAGAAAUGUUGAGGUGUGCAUCAACAUCAUCAGAAAGGAGAAGUGCUUGCUUCUCGUCCUCCAUUUUGGAGAUAGAAGAAGGAGAAAUAACCCUAGCGCGAAGAUCAACAGCACCGAGGAAAACAAGCAGACAGACUUCUGACCAGAAGGACUACAAUGACUACAGCAAGAACCACAACAGCCAGUCGUUUUUCGGGAAGUUUCUGUUCGCUUUUUUCCUUUUCUUCCAGCUGUUCUUCCUCCAAGCCGACGCGUUUGUCCUGGUUAGUAACUACGGUGACAUCACGCUGUUGGGUCCGGUGGACAUUGACCCGGCACUGGAGGACCCGAAGAUCAACUUCAGGAAGGACGGUUUGAUUAAAUGGACGCUGAAGACCAUGAACAAAUACACCAUGGCCGCGGCCAACAUCGGGCAGGAUCUGGUCGUCUCCGGGGGCGUGGGCAUGGCGGACAUGCUGAUCAUAACCCCGGACGCGAGGGCGUUCUUCAACACGACGCUAUCCGUUUUCAACAAGGUUGAGUUCGGCGACGACCUGCGGGUGUUCAAACAGACCACUUUAGGGGACAAGCUAUCCGUGACGGACGUGGUCCACCUGGGUGAGGAGGUGUCCGUGGCGCAGUCCGCGUACCUCGGGUUCCGGUUGUCCGUGUUCGGGCACGUAGACUGCGGCUCGACCUGCACGGUGACGAACUGGUGCUAUUUGGGGUCGAGUCUCUCCGUGAACCAGUUUGUCCGGAUGGGAUCCACCUUGUCCGUGCGCUCGUUCGCGCGACUAGGGUCGUACCUGUCCGUCGGUUCGUACCAACGGCUGGGCUCGGCGCUCUCCGUGUUCGGAACGGUGCGGUUCGGGAGCAGUUACUCAGUGUUGGAUUUCGUCAGCAUGAGCAGUUCGCUGUCCGUCGCGUCGUUCGCGCGGCUGGGGCAGGCACUGACGCUGUACGAGCAGGCGCGGUUGGGGUCGUCCCUCUCGUGCCUGGACUUCGUGCAGAUGGGUUCCAUGUUGUCGAUCCGAAGUCUGAUGCGGAUGGGGAGUACCUUCUCGGUGUACGGGAUUGCGAACCUCGGGUCCGCGCUGUCCGUGCUGGACUUCGCGCACAUGGGUUCGUCCUUGUCCCUGCGGGCCUUUCAGCGCGGCGGUUCGACCAUCUCCGUCUACGGGCUGGCGCGACUCGGGUCCACGCUGUCCGUGCUGGACUUCGUGCACUUGGGGUCCAGUAUUUCCCUAAGGUCCUUCCUGCAAGUGGGCUCGAGCAUCUCGAUCUACGGCUUCUCCAGUCUGGGCUCGAGCUUGUCGAUUCUGGACUUCGUCAGCUUCGGGUCAAGUGCCAGUUUGCGCAGCAUGGUACGCAUCGGCAGUGCACUCAGUGUGUACGGGAUGAGCAGGUACAAUAAAUGCACUUUCUGUAGUUAGCGAAAAUGAUUUUUUUACCAUGCGCGAUAGCGAUUGCUUUGUCAAAGAACAAAAACGAAGACUUUUUGUAGCCGUCACGCAGUUAUCUGCGUUGACAGUAAAUGUUGCCGCUAGCAUGCAUUGACGAACUUUUCACUUGCAACAAAACUUCCAUGUACAUCAAUCUAAAUGAACCCACCAAAAUUCUUCUAAAAAACCAGAUUCGGCUCGUCGCUCUCCCUGCUGGACAACAUUUCGUGCGGCUCAAGUCUUUCCCUGAGAACCUUCCUCCGGUUCGGAAGCUCCAUGUCGGUGUACGGGUUGGCCAAGAUUGGGUCCUCCUUUUCCAUCCUGGAUUACACGCAAAUAGGCUCGGCCAUGUCCGUGAGGAAUUUCAGCCGCAUCGGCUCCGCGCUCUCCGUGUACGGCAUUGCGAGGUUAGGUAGCGGCUUAUCCGUGCUGGACUACUUCCACCUGGGUUCCAGUCUGUCCUGCCGAGGCUUCGCGCGUUCAGGGUCAAGUCUUUCCGUCUACGGAAUCGGCUUCCUCGGGUCCUGCCUGUCGCUGCUAGACACCGUGCAGCUCGGGUCGACGCUGUCCGUCCGAAGUUUCGCGCGCAUGGGAAGUUCGCUCUCCGUGUACGGUUUCAGUAGGAUCGGGUCCUGCUUGUCCUUGUUGGACGCCGGGCACGUCGGAUCCACGCUGUCGUUGCGGAACUUCGCGAGGCUGGGGUCCUCCAUGUCCGUGUUCGGCAUGCUGAGACUAGGAUCACAGAUGUCCGUGCUGGAUUCCAUCAGCAUGGGCAGCGCGAUGUCGCUCCGCGGAUUCGCCAGAGUCGGAAGCUCGUUGUCCGUGUACGGGCUGGUCCGAUUCGGAUCCCUGCUGUCCGUGUUGGACGCGGUCAGCUUGGGCAGUGGAAUGUCGCUCCGAUGCCUCUCCCGGUUAGGGUCCUCCCUCUCCGUGUACGGGCUAACCAGGUUCGGAUCCGUCUUCAGUCUGCUCGACCGGGUGCACAUGGGCUCCAGUUUGUCGCUGCGAACCUUCUUCCGGUGCGGAUCGACGUUGUCGGUGUACGGAAUGACGAGAAUCGCGUCGACUUUGUCCAUUCUAGAUUGCCUGCACAUUGGGUCGGCGUUGUCGGUGAGGACGUACUUCCGCUUAGGGUCCGGACUCUCCAUCUACGGGAUGACGAGGCUGGGAUCCUCCAUGUCGGUGCUGGACUUCGUCCACUUGGGCAGCUCGAUUUCUUUAAGGAACUACUGCCGGAUCGGGUCCAGUCUCUCCGUCUACGGAUCUGCCUGGUACGGCAGCGAUUUGAGUGUGACCGAUUUCGUCUCGCUGAGCUCGAGCUUGUCCAUCCGCGCUUUCGCACGACUCGGGAGCUCCAUUUCCGUGUAUGGGACGACGAGACUAGGGAGCAGUUUAUCUGUUCUCGAUUUCACCAACAUGGGCUCCACCUUCUCCGUGCGGAACUUCCUGCGUCUCGGCAGCUCCAUCUCCAUCUACAGCAUCGCGAACCUCGGUUCCAUGCUGUCGGUCCUGGACUACGGCACCUUCGGAAGCGCUUUAUCGGUGCGUGGGUUCAGCAGGUGGGGAUCGGCGUUGUCGGUGUUCGGAACCUGCAAGCUCGGAUCAACGCUCUCCUUGCUGGACAUGGCGACGUUUGGUUCUUCCUUCUCGCUCCGGUGCCUGGCCCGGAUCGGGAGUUCCAUGUCGCUUUACGGCAUGACGAGGUGCGGGUCGGCGCUGUCGUUUUUGGACUUUGUCUCCGCGGGAUCCAGCAUGUCGCUCCGGACGUAUUUGAGACUCGGGUCCUCCAUCUCCGUCUACGGCAUUAUGAAGAUCGGUUCUAACAUCUCGACGUUGGACUACCUGGCGUUGGGGUCGACACUGUCAAUGAGAAGUUACGCGCGGUUCGGAUCCGCUUUGUCCGUGUACGGAAUCGGCCGGAUGGGGUCGGUGUUGUCGAUCUUGGACAGCUCGCAGCUGGGCAGUUCGCUAUCCAUUCGCGGGUUCGCCCGGUUGGGAUCGAGCUACAGUGUCUACGGUAUGACCUACUUCGGAUCCGCGCUGUCCGUCCUGGAUUUCAUCCACUUCGGGUCCAGUGUGUCGUUCCGAAGCUUCCUCCGGAUGGGUAAAGAGAAACUGUCCGUCUACGGUAUGGUCCGCCUCGGGUCCGCGAUGUCGUUGCUGGACCACAUCCACGCGGGGUCCAGCUGCUCGUUGCGGAACUUUGUCCGGCUCGGGAGCUCCUGCUCGAUCUACAGCAUGACGCGGAUCGGCUUGAACAUGAGCGUGUUGGAUUUCUCGCACAUCGGUAGUUCUCUUUCCGUGCGAGAUUUCGGCCGCUUCGGGUCCGCGAUCUCCGUGUUCGGCUGCAGUCGAUUCGGAUCCACCAUGUCGAUCCUGGACUGCGUCAGCCUGGGUUCCGGGAUUUCCAUCCGCGCGCAGUGCAGACUCGGAUCCGCGUUGUCCGUGUACGGACUGGUGAAAUUGGGGUCCUGCUUGUCGAUUUUGGAUUACGUCCAGAUGGGAUCUUCUUUUUCCCUGCGGAAUUUCGCCCGCCUGGGAUCGAGUUUGUCCAUCUACGGCUUCAGCAUGCUGGGGUCCGCGAUGUCGAUCCUCGACUAUGCGUCGUUCGGGUCCGUCUGCAGUAUCCGGGGCUUUUUCCGUGCGGGCUCUGCGUUCUCGGUCUACGGUAUUAGCAGGCUAGGAUCCAGCUUUUCCGUCCUGGACUUUGUGAACUUGGGCUCGAGCUUCUCGCUCCGCGGUUUCAGCCGAUUAGGAUCCUCUUUGUCCGUCUUCGGUGUCAGCAGACUGGGGUCCGCUCUGUCCGUUCUGGACUGGGGUUUGGUCGGGUCCGCGAUGUCCGUCCGAGGGUUCUGCCGGCUGGGAAGCUCCAUGUCCAUCUUCGAGCUGUGCCGACUGGGGUCCGCGAUCUCGUCGCUGGACUACUUGUUAUUAGGUUCGGCCAUCUCAAUCCGCAGCUUUUCGAGGCUAGGGUCCAGCGUGUCCGUGUUCGGGAUCAGCAAGCUCGGGUCCAGCUUAUCCGUGCUGGACUUCAUCAACUUCGGAUCAACUUUGUCGUUGAGGAACUUCUCCCGCCUGGGGUCAAGUGCUUCAGUAUACGGCAUGAUGUACGCCGCGAGCAGCAUCUCCAUUCUGGACUUCGUGCAGUUCGGGUCGUCGAUGUCCCUGAUGAGCUUCUGCCGAUUAGGAUCCGCGUUAUCGCUUUAUGGAUGCGGACGAUUCGGGUCGAACUUGUCGAUUCUGGACUACGUCACGCUCGGAUCCUCGCUGUCGCUCCGGUCCUUCAUGCGGAUCGGGUCCACCAUGUCGCUGUACGGCAUGCUGCGAUGCGGCUCGCAGUACUCGAUUCUGGAUUUCAUCAGCUUCGGGUCGGCUGUGUCGCUCCGGUCCUUUUCCCGAAUCGGGUCGGCCUGCAGCGUGUACGGAAUGGUGCGGAUGGGAUCGAUGCUGUCGGUCUUAGACAACAUCCACUUGGGAUCAUCUUUAUCCGUUCGCAGCUUCCUGCGCAUGGGGUCCUGCCUGUCCAUGUACGGCGUCGCGAGACUAGGAUCGAACAUCUCGGUCUUGGACUACGCGCAGAUCGGGUCCUCGAUGUCGACCCGGGCGUGCGCGCGGUUCGGCAGCACCAUGAGUGUCUACGGUAUGUGCCGGAUCGGGUCCCAGAUGUCCGUUUUGGAUCACUUCCAUCUCGGUAGUUGCGCGAGUCUGCGAACCUUCCUGCGCGGCGGGGACAGCAUUUCCGUCUACGGGCUGGGUCGGUUCGGCUCCGGUAUGAGCGUGUUGGAUUACGUCAGCCUGGCGUCCAGCUUCUCGAUUCGGUCGUUCGCGAGAUUGGGGUCUUCGAUCUCCGUGUACGGUAUUGGAAGAUUUUCCAGCAGCAUGUCCGUGCUGGACUUCACGUUGAUGGGCUCCGCGGUGUCCAUCCGGAACUUCUUCCGCAUGGGAUCCGUGUGCAGUGUGUACGGCAUGAUGCGGCUCGGGUCGAGCAUGUCCGCGCUGGACUUUAUGCACCUGGGGUCGUCGAUCUCUGUGCGAUCGAUGGUGCGACUCGGGUCCUCCGCGUCCGUCUACGGUCUCGCGCGACUCGGGUCCGCCAUGAGUUGCUUGGACAUGAUCGGAUUAGGGUCCGUCUUGUCCAUCCGGUCCUUCGGGCGGUUCGGGUCUGCGCUGUCUUUAUACGGUCUGAUGCGGGUCGGAUCCAGCAUGUCGGUGCUGGACUACGUCAACUUCGGCAGUUCGAUGUCGCUGCGGUCCUUUGGCAGGUUAGGUUCGACUUUGUCGAUCUUCGGCAUCGGCAGGUUCGGGUCCAGUUUGUCCGUGCUGGACAGCGUCUUCCUGGGCUCCUCCUUCUCGAUCAAGAGCUUUAUGCGAUUGGGAAGCACGGCCUCCGUCUACGGUUACAUGAAGUUGGGUUCCAGCUGCUCGGUGUUGGACUUUUUAACACUAGGUUCCGCCGUGUCCCUCCGUGGGUUCUGCAGGAUCGGAUCCUCCUUCUCCGUCUUCGGACUCGCACAACUAGGAUCGCAGAUGUCGUUGCUGGACUACGUCACCCUCGGUUCGGCUUUGUCUCUGCGCUCGUGGGCCAGACUGGGGUCAACACUGUCCGUGUACGGGUGCAGCCGAUUGGGGAGCAGCAUGUCUAUUCUGGACUACGUGCACUUGGGAAGUUCCAUGUCGCUGCAGGCGUUCUACAGAUUGGGAAGUUCCAUGUCGACCUACGGAAGUUCCUACUUCAGCCAGGAGUUGUCGGUGCAGAUGUGGGUUGCGAUUUCGUCGUCGCUGUCCGUCCGGUCGUUCUCGCGCCUCGGAUCCUCGGUGUCCGUGUACGGCAUUUCGCGGUUCGGGUCCGCGUGCAGUAUCUUAGACGCGAUCAGCCUCGGGUCGAGUUUCAGUAUCCGAUCCUUCAGCCGGAUGGGAUCCACUUUGUCCGUGUACGGGCUUGCCAGGCUCGGUUCUGCGAUCUCCAUUCUGGACGUUGCGCACGUCGGCAGCAGUUUGUCCGUGAGGAGUUACAUCCGCGCCGGCGCGUUCUCCGUGAAGGACUACACGAGGUUAGCGUCCACGCUGUCCGUCCGGGCCUACGUCCGGAUUGGUUCUGCGCUGUCCGUGAUGGGCACAGCCAGGUGCGGGUCCACGCUCUCCUGUCUCGACUGGUGGCACGUGGGCAGCUCGCUGUCCAUCCGAAGCUACGGCCGCUGCGGGUCAUCGAUGUCCGUGUUCGGGCUGGCCCGCCUUGCGUCCGGCCUGUCCGUGCUGGACUUCGUGCACUUCGGUUCCGCACUGUCCUGCCGCAGCUUCAGCCGCCUGGGGUCCGCGUUGUCCGUGUACGGCCUGGCGGUGCUGGGGUCGACCGUCUCCAUUCUGGACUGCAUGAUGCUGGGUUCCAGUUUCUCCGCGCGAACGUUUUCGCGGUUCGGUAGCUCCAUGUCGCUGUACGGGUGCGCCCGGUUCGGUUCCGCUCUAUCCCUCCUCGACUACGCACACUUCGGGUCGAUGUUCUCUCUGCGAAACUUCGCCCGGAUGGGCAGCUUCUGCUCCAUCUACGGUGUGACAAGGCUCGGGUCGAGUGUGUCCGUGCUGGACUUCUUCUCCCUCGGGUCGACUCUGUCGCUUCGUGGGUUCGUGCGCAUGGGAUCAAGUCUAUCGAUCUACGGUUUGAGCAAGUUAGGAUCCAGUUUAUCGACCCUGGACUACAUCAGCUUUGGAUCCAGCUUGUCGCUGCGGAGCUUCUCCCGGUGCGGCUCUUCCUGCAGCGCGUACGGCAUGUUCCGGUUCGGGAGCAGCUUGUCUAUGGUGGACUACUUCCACAUGGGGUCCGCGUUCUCCCUCCGAGGAUUCGCACGAAUGGGAAGUGCUUUGUCGAUUUUCGGCAUUGCGCGCCUGUCCUCCGCGGUCUCUAUCCUGGACUACGUGAUCAUGGCGAGUUCGCUGUCCCUGCGUAACUUCGCCCGCCUCGGGUCCGCGUUCUCGCUGUACGGCGUCGCGCGAUUAGGGUCAUCCAUGUCCUGCCUGGAUUUCGUGCACCUGGGGUCCGCGAUGAGCUGCAGAAGCUUUGUCCGGUUCGGCUCGAGUCUCUCCGUGUACGGGUUUACGAACAUUGGGUCCGCGUUUUCGAUCCUCGACGCUGUCACCUUCGGGUCCAGUCUGUCGAUGCGCGGGUUCGCAAGAUUAGGGUCGUCUUUGUCCGUGUUCGGUCUGUCCAAGUGCGGAUCGUCUUUAUCCGUCCUCGACUACAUCACGUUCGGGUCCGCGUUCAGUAUGCGCAGCUUCGCCCGCAUGGGAUCCACCAUGUCGGUCUACGGAUUGCUGCGGAUCGGCUCCGGGAUGUCGAUUCUGGACCACAGUUCCUUCGGUAGCUCGUUGUCCAUCCGCGGGUUCGUGCGACUCGGGAAGACGAUUUCCGUCUACGGAUUUUCUUCUUUAGGUUCCGCAGUGUCGAUUCUGGAUCAGACCAGCUUCGGGUCUGCGCUCUCCGUCCGUUCGUUCGCGCGGAUGGGCAGCGCCUGCAGCGUGUACGGCUUCAGCACCUUCGGGUCCAGCAUGUCGGUGCUCGACUGCGUACACCUCGGCUCCGCACUCUCGAUCCGCACGUUGGCCCGACUCGGCUCCGCGGUUUCGAUGUACGGGCUGGGGUUCUUUGGAAGUUCCAUGUCGAUCUUGGACUACACGAUGCUCGGGUCUGCGUUGUCGGUUAGAACGCUAUCGCGAUUUGGAUCCGCGCUCUCCGUAUACGGAAUCACGCUGAUGGGAUCGUCGCUCUCCAUCCUCGACACCGGCUACAUCGGAUCCUCGUUUUCCCUCCGGACGUUCGGCAGGCUAGGGUCCUCGAUGUCCGUGUACGGUUUGACCAGCUUCGGGUCCGCGAUGUCGCUGCUCGACUUCGCGAGCUUGGGCUCCGGUCUGUCCGUCCGGUCCUACGCGCGACUGGGUUCGUCCAUGUCCGUGUUCGGCUUCGCGCGAAUCGGGUCCUCGUUGUCCGUGCUCGACUUCGUGUCCACCGCAAGCAGCUUCUCGAUCCGGUCUAUGGCCAGGUUUGGCUCAACUUUAUCCGUCUACGGGUUCUGCAAGCUGGGAUCCUCGGUUUCCAUUCUGGACUACGCAAACAUGGGAUCCAGCAUGUCCUUGCGAACUUACGCGCGGAUGGGCUCGGCUUUGUCCGUGUACGGAUUCGUGAAGAUGGGAUCCGGUUUGUCGAUUCUGGACGCCGCUUGGCUCGGGUCUUCCUUGUCGAUCCGAUCGCUAGCGAGACUCGGUUCCUCGAUGUCUCUGUACGGAAUCUGCCGCAUGGCCUCGAACUUCUCGUUACUCGACGCCGGUUCGGUCGGCUCCGCGUUGUCGAUUCGGUCCUGCGUCAGGUGGGGCAGCUCGAUGUCCGUGUACGGUCUGUCCCGCGUGGGGUCCUCGAUCUCCAUCCUGGACUUCGGCAGUUUCGGGAGCAGUCUGUCCUGCCGCAGCUUCCUGCGGUUCGGCAGUUCGAUGUCGGUGUACGGGGUCAGCCGGAUCGGGUCCGGAAUGUCGAUUCUGGGUGCGGUGUACCUGGGGUCCUCUUUGUCCCUGCGUGCCUGCGCUCGGUUUGGAUCUACAUUAUCCGUCUACGGAUUCAGCAAGGUCGGGUCCUCCAUGUCCGUGCUCGACUUCUUCCACGUCGGGUCGGUCAUGAGCGUCCGGUCCAUGCUGCGGCUCUCGAGUUCCUGCAGUAUCUACGGGAUUAGCCGGUUCGGAUCUUCAGUUUCGUUACUGGAUUUCCUGAGCUGCGCGUCGGCCAUGUCGGUUCGCUCGAUGGCGAGAUUGGGCUCUGCUCUCUCCCUCUACGGCAUGAGCUUCUUGGCGUCCUCCGUCUCCAUGAUGGACUUCAUCAACAUGGGCUCCUCGAUCUCCCUCCGAACCUUCAGUCGCUUCGGAUCCAGUCUCUCCGUCUACGGGGUCACGCUGUUCGGCUCCUCCAUGUCGAUCCUGGACUUCGUCAACCUCGGGUCGUCCUUCUCGACCCGGAGCUUCGGCCGGUUCGGCUCGACGCUGUCCCUGUACGGCGUCAGCCGGUGCGGCAGCAACAUGUCGCUGUUGGACUUCCUGUGCAUCGGAAGCGCUCUGUCCGCACGCAACGUCGCCCGGUUCGGCAGUUCUCUGUCCGUGUACGGAACGCUGCGAUUCGGGAGUGCUCUGUCCGUGCUCGACGUGAUCAACGUCGGGUCCGCGAUGAGCAUCCGUUCGGUCGUCCGACUGGGGUCCGCGUUGUCCGUGUUCGGAUUCAGCCGCCUCGGGUCGAGUUUGUCCGUCCUGGACUUCGUCAGCUUGUCCUCCAGCCUGUCCCUCCGCGGGUUCUCGCGGUUCGGAAGCAGUAUGUCGGCGUACGGGCUGACCAGACUCGGCAGCAGCUUCUCGCUGCUGGACUACUGCCACAUCGGAUCCAGUGUGUCCAUCCGGUCGUUCGCCCGCAUCGGGUCGUCUUUCUCGUGCCGCUCGGUGUACGAAGCGCCGGCGAUCAUCGACGGGGCGUUGCACAUCGAGGAUUACGUGCAGACCUCCAGUACCUUCAGCGUGCGGUCGUUUGUCCGGCUGGGAAGCAGUCUUUCCGUCUACGGCACCGCGCGGCUCGGAUCCGCUCUGUCCGUCCUGGACAUGGCCUCGAUCGGGUCCGGAUUCUCCUGCCGCUCCUUCGUCCGACUCGGGUCGGCGCUGUCGGUGUUUGGCAUUAGCCGGAUGGGCUCGCAGAUGUCGCUGCUGGAUUUAUUGCAUAUCGGCAGUAGUGUGUCCGUCCGAACGUACGUGCGAAUCGGAUCCAGUUACUCCGUCUACGGCAUGGUCCGCAUGGGGUCGAGCAUGUCGAUUCUGGACUUCAUGAGUCUGGGCUCCAGCUGCUCCACGAGAACCUUCGCGCGCAUCGGCAGCGCCACCUCCGUGUACGGGUUUUCGCGCCUCGGGUCGGGUUUGUCGGUUCUCGAUUACCUGCACUUGGGGUCGUGUCUGUCCGUCCGCAGCUUCGGGCGACUGGGCUCCGCCUUGUCCGUCUACGGGCUGACACGGAUGGGUUCCGGCUUGUCCGUCCUGGACGCGGUGCACCUCGGGUCCGCCAUGUCGGUACGCGGAUUCGUCCGACUGGGGUCCAGCUUGUCGGUCUUCGGACUGUCGCGCAUGGGCUCCAGCCUGUCGAUCCUGGACUACUUCAGCAUGGGCAGCAACUUGUCGCUCAGAUCCUACAUCCGCCUCGGAUCUUCCAUUUCCGUGUUUCAGUCGCGCAUCCGACUGGGGGCAAAUAUGUCUGUGUUGGAUUACCUGUUCGUCGGGUCCACGCUGUCCCUGCGCGGCAUGUGCCGCCUCGGUUCCGCCACGUCCGUCUACGGGAUGGCGCGCUUCGGGUCCAGCAUGUCGCUUUUGGACGCCGUGCACCUCGGUUCCAUGCUGUCGAUCCGGAGUUUCGUCCGCAUGGGAUCCGGUAUCUCCGUGUUCGGCCAGGGCCGGUUCGGCGAGCAAAUGACGGUCUUCGACUACAUGUCGCUCGGGUCCGCGUUCUCGUGCCGCAGCUUCGCGCGACUAGGAUCCUCGAUGUCCGUCUACGGAUUUGGAAAGUGCGGCUCCUGCUUUUCCAUCCUCGACGCGGUGCACAUGGGCAGCUGUCUGUCGAUCCGGAACUGGGGAAGGCUAGGUUCCGCUGUCUCCGUCUACGGAUUGUCGAGAUUGGGUUCCAGCUUGUCGGUGCUCGACUUCACCUCGAUGGGAAGCUCGAUGUCCUGCCGCGGAUUCUUGCGGCUCGGCUCCGCCAUGUCGAUGUACGGCAUGCUGCGAGUCGGAUCGAACAUGAGCCUGUUGGACUUCCUGCAGAUUGGGUCCGCGAUUUCCGUCCGGAACUUGGCGAGAUUGGGAUCCUCCCUGUCGCUGUACGGCAUGUGCCGCAUGUCCAGCAACUGUUCGCUGCUCGACAUGUUCCACAUCGGCAGCUCCAUGUCGGUGCGCAUGUUCUGCCGCGUGGGGUCUGCUUUGUCCGUCUACGGGAUGGGCCGGUUCGGAAGUUGCCUGAGCGUUUUGGAUAUGCUGUCGUUGUCGUCGAGUUUGUCGAUCCGCAACUUCGCGCGCAUGGGCAGCAGUUGCUCGGUGUACGGCAUGACCAGGAUCAGCUCCUGCAUGUCGUUGCUCGACUUCUUGCAGAUUGGUUCCGGGAUGUCGAUCCGGAACGUCGCGCGAUUAGGAUCGUCCCUGUCCGUCUACGGUAUGGCAAGACUGGGAUCGAACCUGAGCUUGCUGGACAUGAUGUCGCUCGGGUCCAGUCUCUCCGUCCGAAACUUCGCGCGCAUGGGGUCCGCGUCCUCCAUCUACGGCAUGGCACGCAUGGGAAGCUGCAUGAGCAUCUUGGACUUCGUGCAAAUCGGGUCUGGGUUGAGCAUGCGCAACUUCGCGCGACUCGGCUCUAGUUGCUCCGCGUUCGGCAUGAGCCGGUUGGGCAGCUGCAUGUCGGUGCUGGACUUCGUGAACAUCGGGUCUGGGUUCUCCGUCCGGAACUUCUCCCGACUGGGCAGCUCGCUUUCCGUCUACGGAAUGGUCCGGUUCGCGUCCAGCUGCUCGUUGCUCGACGCCUGCCAGGUCGGCAGCAGCAUUUCCGUCCGAAACUUCGCUCGGUUCGGCUCUGCGCUGUCCGUUUACGGCAUGGCGCGGUUCGGAUCCAGUCUGUCGUUGCUCGACAGCGCCGCGAUUGGCUCCUGCUGCUCAGUGCGCAACUUCGUCCGCAUCGGAAGUAGUCUCAGCGUGUACGGAAUCUCGAGAUUGUCAAGCGCGGUUUCCAUUCUGGACUUCGUGCAGCUCGGCUCCAGCAUCUCCGUCCGGAACUUUGCGCGAUUGGGCUCCUCCCUCUCCGUCUACGGAACCUUGCGACUGUCCAGCGGCAUGUCGUUGCUCGACUUUUUGCACGUAGGCUCUGGAAUGUCGCUGCGCAACUUCGCCCGCAUGGGCAGCUCCUGCUCCGUCUACGGCAUCGUCCGAAUGGGCUCGCAGAUCUCGCUGCUCGACUGGUUCGCGCUCGGAUCCUCCUGCAGCAUCAGGAACUGCGCGAGACUCGGGUCGUCCCUCUCCGUCUACGGAAUGGUGCGGUUCGCGUCCUGCCUGUCGGUGCUCGACGCGGUGCAUCUGUCCAGCUGUUUGUCCCUGCGCAACUACUGCCGCAUGGGAAGUUCGCUGUCCGUGUACGGAAUCACGCGGUUUGGGUCCGGCAUGUCGGUGCUGGACUUGUUCCACGUCGGCAGCUCGUGCAGUGUCCGGCAACUCGUCCGUUUGGGGUCCUCGCUGUCCGUGUACGGCAUGGCCAAAUUCGGGUCCUCCAUCUCCACGCUGGAUUUUCUCCAUUUGGGCUCUAUGCUGUCCGUCCGGACCUACACGCGCCUCGGGUCCUCGGUUUCGGUCUUCGGAAUCGCAAGGCUUUCCUCCGCGAUCUCGAUUUUAGAUUACUGCGUGCUGUCGUCGGCUGUCUCUGUCCGCAGCUUCUUGCGGCUCGGCAGCUCGAUGUCGGUAUUCGGUACCACCAAACUCGGAUCCGCAAUGUCCGUCCUCGACUUCGUGGCGAUCGGCAGUUCCAUCUCCGUCCGCUGCUUGGCCAGGAUGGGCAGCGCGAUGAGCGUGUACGGCAUGAUGCGGUUUGGUUCCGGCAUGUCGAUCUUGGAUUUCGUCACCAUGGGGUCAAGCUUGUCUCUGCGGAACUUCAGCCGAUUAGGUUCUAGCAUGUCCGUGUUCGGAAUGGCGAGAAUCGGCUCGAAUGUGUCACUGCUGGACUUCAUCAGCUGCGGCUCCAGCUGCAGUGUCCGAAACUUCGCGCGCCUCGGGUCCGCGCUGUCUUUGUACGGAAUCGCGAGAGUGGGUUCGAAUCUUUCCGUUUUGGACUUCGCGCACCUGUCGAGUUCCAUUUCCAUCCGCAACUACUGCCGGGUGGGAAGCAGUCUGUCCGUGUACGGAAUGACAAGGCUCGCCUCCGCGAUCUCUCUGCUGGACUUGCUGCACCUCGGUAGCAGCUUUUCCAUGCGGGGAUUCGCGCGACUGGGAUCCAGUUUGUCGGUCUUCGGGAUCGCAAGACUGAGUUCUUCCAUCUCCGCGCUCGACUUCUGCCACUUCGGUAGCAGCUUGUCGGUGAGAAGCUUCGCCCGGUUCGGCAGCUCGCUUUCCGUGUUCGGACUCGCGAAGUUCUCCAGCUCCGUGUCGAUGCUGGACUUCGUCAGCUUGGGAAGCAGUUUGUCCCUCCGCUCCUUUGCCCGCCUCGGGUCCACGCUGUCCGUGUUCGGGUGCGCCCGGAUGGGAAGUGCGAUUUCGGUUCUCGACUGGUUCCACAUGGGCUCCAGCUACAGCAUGCGCAGCUUCGGGAGGUUGGGAUCAUCGCUGUCCAUGUACGGGCAGUUGCGACUCGGCUCCUCCAUGUCCAUGUUGGACAUGCUGGUCCUCGGUUCCAGCCUGUCCAUGCGCCACUACGGGCGGUGCGGAUCGGCGUGCAGCAUCUACGGAACGGCGAGGCUUGGGUCCUCGAUGUCCAUGCUGGACUUCAUGCUCGCGGGCUCUAGCAUUUCCAUCCGCGCGUUCGGCCGUCUGGGCUCCGCGUUGUCGGUGUACGGAAUCUCGAGACUGGGCAGCGGACUGUCUUUAUUGGAUUUGGUCCACACCAGCUCCUCGAUGUCGCUGCGCAGCUUCGCACGGGUCGGAUCUUCCAUGUCCAUCUAUGGCUUGGUCCGACUCGGCUCCUGCCUGUCCUGCCUGGAUGCGGCGAGCUUCGGCUCCGGGCUGUCGCUCCGGAACUUCCUCCGCGUCGGCUCCGCGAUCUCGAUCUACGGGUUGAGCCGCAUGGGAAGCAGCUGCAGUGUGCUGGACUUCGUGCAUGUGGGGAGUUCUCUCUCCAUCCGGUCCUUGUCCCGGUUAGGAUCCGCGCUCUCUGUAUUCGGGAUCACAAGAUUGUCUAGCAGCAUCUCGAUCCUGGACUUCCUGUCGUGCGGCUCCGGUCUCUCCGCUCGCGCGUACGCCAGACUGGGAUCCGCGAUGUCGGUGUAUGGAACAAUCCGACUCGGGUCGAGCAUCUCUCUGAUCGACUUCUUCCACAUCGGAAGUGCGAUUAGCUUGAGAUCCUUCGCCAGGUGCGGCUCCUCCAUGUCGCUGUACGGGUAUGCGAGAUUGGGUUCUUCCAUGUCGAUCCUGGACUUCGCACAUUUGGGGUCGGGUUUGUCAUCCCGGUCGUUCGGACGGUUCGGCAGUUCCCUCUCCGUCUACGGCAUCACGGUGUUCAGCUCGCAGAUGAGCGUGCUCGACUAUGCGCAUUUCGGGUCCAGUCUGUCUGUCCGCAGCUACGUGCGGAUGGGCUCCAGCCUGUCCGUGUUCGGGCUGCUGCGGUUCGGCUCCAGCAUGAGCCUGCUCGACUACUUCAGCAUCGGCAGCAGCUGCAGCUUGCGACACUGCGCGCGGUUCGGAAGCUCCAUGAGCGUCUACGGCUUCACGAAGUACGGAUCCGCUCUGUCCCUCCUCGACUUCAUGUCGCUGGGCAGCAGCUGCUCGCUCCGCAACUUCGCAAGGCUAGGUUCGUCCUGCAGCGUGUUCGGCGUUGCGCGACUGGGAUCUGGCAUUUCCGUUCUGGAUUUCAUCCACUUCGGAUCCUCCAUGUCGGUGCGAAGCUACUCCAGACUCGGCUCCUCCAUGUCGGUGUAUGGUACCGCGCAGCUCGGGUCCUGCGUGUCGCUGUUGGAUCUGCUCGAGAUCGGAUCUUCCUUCUCGUGCCGCUCGUACGUGCGACUCGGAUCCUCGCUGUCCUUCUUCGGAAUCGGGCGGCUCGGGUCCGCGAUGUCGGUCUUAGAUUUCGCGCACAUUGGUUCCGGCUUGUCGCUGCGGUCGUUCAUGCGCAUGGGCUCGGCUUCCUCGGUGUACGGACUCGCGCGACUCGGCUCGCAGCUGUCCAUGCUGGACUUCUGCAGUUUCGGCUCCAGCAUGUCCGUGCGCGGCUUCAUGCGGCUGGGAAGCUCGUUCUCCACCUACGGCAUGGUCCGGAUCGGCACGGCGAUGUCCGCGUUGGACUUCAUCAGUUUCGGCUCCACCAUGAGCUUGCGGAAGAUGGGAAGACUGGGCUCCUCGCUGUCCGUCUACGGCAUGGGCCGGAUGAGCAGUUCCAUGUCCUUGCUCGACUGCCUGUGUAUCGGCUCGUCGCUGUCCGCCCGGUCCUUCUUGCGGUUUGGAAGUGCGUGCUCGGUGUACGCGAUGACCAGACUCGGGUCCUGCCUGUCCGUGCUGGAUUGGGUGCACCUGGGCUCGUCCUUCAGCGUCCGCUCGUUCGCCCGAGUCGGGAGCAGCUUGUCCGUAUUCGGCUGCGUGUUGAUGUCGAGCUCCUUGUCGCUGCUCGACUGCGCACACUUGGGCUCGACGUUCUCCGUCCGGAACUUCGCGCGGUUCGGGUCGACCUUGUCGACUUACGGUGUAGGCAGGCUCGGAUCCAGCAUGUCAUUGCUGGAUUUGCUGCAUCUCGGAUCUUCCGUUUCGGUGCGGGCUGCGUCCCGAUUGGGCUCCAGCUGCAGCGUGUAUGGCAUCAGCCUGUUCGGCAGCAGCGUGAGCUUGCUGGACUUCAUGUCCAUGGGCUCCGCGCUGUCCCUGCGGUCGUUCGCGAGGCUCGGAUCCAGUCUGUCGGUGUUCGGCGUGACCAAGAUGGGUUCGCUGCUGUCCUGCCUGGACUUCGUCACCUUCGGCAGUUCCUGCUCGAUCCGCAUGUUCAGCCGACUGGGAAGUUCCGCUUCAGUUUACGGCCUUGCAAGACUGGGCUCGGCGUUGUCGCUGCUCGACACGGUCUCGAUCGGCAGCUCCUUGUCCGUCCGCACCUUCGCCCGGAUGGGGUCCGCUGCCAGCGUGUACGGAAUGGUCCGGUUCGGAAGUUCAAUGUCUUUGCUGGACUGCUUCUGCAUCGGAUCCACCAUGUCCAUGCGCAGCUACGCGCGCCUGGGGUCUUCGCUUUCCGUGUACGGAAUCAGUAGACUCGGGUCCUGCGUUUCCAUUCUGGACUACGUGAACAUCGGGUCCGCUUUUUCGAUCCGCGCGUUCAGCCGGUUCGGCUCCAGCUUCAGCCUGUUCGGCAUUGGCAGACUCGGAUCCUCCAUGUCUGUGCUGGACAUGCUGUCGCUCGGCAGUUCCAUGUCCACCCGCGGUUUCGCGAGAUUAGGGUCCAGCCUCUCCGUCUACGGACAAGUCAGGUGCGGAUCGGCGUUGAGCGUCUUGGACAUGACUUACUUGCGUUCGUCCUUGUCCUUGCGUUCUCUCGCGCGGUUCGGCUCCAGCUGCAGUCUCUUCGGCGUCUGCAGAAUCGGGUCCUGCCUGUCCAUGCUCGACCAGGUGACUUUUGGUUCCAGCUUGAGUCUCCGCAGCAUCGGCCGCAUGGGAAGCAGCGUUUCCGUGUACGGAAUCUCGCGGUUCGGAUCCAGUUGCAGCAUUCUUGACGCGGUCAGCCUCGGCUCCGCGCUCAGCUGCCGGUCAUUCGCGCGCUGCGGCUCGAGUUUGUCCGUCUUCGGGAUGGUCAGGUUCGGAAGUAGUUUGAGCGUGCUCGACACCAUCAGCUUCAGCAGCGCGUUCAGCAUGCGAGGGUUUGCACGACUGGGAUCUUCUUUGUCCGUGUUCGGCUGCGCGAGAAUCGGCUCUUCUCUCUCCGGCUUGGACUGUGUCUCCCUCGGCAGCUCGCUGUCGAUCCGCAGCUUCUCGCGGUUGGGUAGCAGCUUCUCCGUGUACGGUGUGGCGAAGGUCGGGUCGUGCCUGUCGUUGCUUGACGGUGCGUCGAUCGGCUCGAGCUUCUCCAUCCGGUCGUUCGCAAGACUCGGAAGCAGCUUGUCGAUCUUCGGAUUGGUGAACAUGGCGAGCUCGCUGUCUUUGCUGGAUCUCGCUUCCCUCGGUAGCUCGAUCUCCUGCCGCAGUAUCGCGCGGUUCGGAUCCGGCCUUUCGCUGUACGGCACGACCAGAUUGGGGUCCGCGAUCUCGCUGGUUGACUUCGCGAACCUGGGCAGCUCCUUCUCCUGCCGCUCGUUCGCGCGGUUCGGAAGCACGAUUUCGGUGUACGGCACGGUCAGACUCGGGUCGGCUUUGUCCGUUCUCGACUACGUGCUGUGCGGUUCCAGUUUCAGCGUCCGGUCCUUCAGCCGCUUGGGAUCCUCUCUUUCCGUCUUCGGCUGCGGCAGACUUGGAAGCUCCUUGUCCCUGCUCGACAUGUUGACGCUCGGUUCCGGGGUCUCUCUCCGCAACUUCGCGCGCAUGGGAAGUUCUUUGUCCGUGUUCGGGCUGUUCCAGUGCGGAUCUAGCGUUUCGCUGCUGGACUUCCUGCAGGUCGGCUCGUCCCUCUCCGUUCGCGCGUUCCUGCGCAUGGGCAGCACGCUGUCCGUGUACGGAAUGAGCCGGCUGGGGUCACGGAUGUCGAUCCUGGAUGGGUGCAUGAUCGGGUCCAGCUUCUCGAUCCGAACCUUAUCCCGACUCGGGUCCGCGAUGUCUGUGUACGGAAUCGGCCGGAUUGGCUCCAGCCUCUCCGUGCUCGACUGCAGCAUGAUUGGCAGCAACGUUUCGACACGCAGCUUCGCGCGGUUCGGAUCCAGUUUAAGUGUGUACGGAUUGUCCCGGUUCGGAUCCUCGAUGUCGAUCUUGGACAACCUGAACCUCGGCUCCUCCGUCUCCAUGCGGAAUAUGUGUCGACUGGGCUCGGCGUUCUCGGUGUACGGCAACGUACGCAUGGGUUCCCUGCUCUCGAUCCUGGACUACGGGCACAUGGGAUCGUCCGUUUCCGUGCGCGGUUUCUGCCGCCUCGGAUCGUCGCUGUCGAUCUUCGGCGUGGCGCGAAUGGGAAGCAGCUUGUCGAUUUUGGAUCAGGUGAAGAUCGGCAGCAUGCUCUCCUGCAGAAGCUACAGCCGGUUCGGCAGCAGUCUGUCCUGCUACGGCAUGAUGCGACUCGGGUCCGGUGUCUCCAUGCUGGACAUGCUGCACCUCGGGUCCAGCUUCUCGAUUCGGUCCCUCGGCCGCCUCGGCUCCAGCUUCAGUGUGUACGGUACGCUCCGCUUCGGGUCCGCGCUGUCCAUGCUGGACUGCGUGAACCUCGGAUCCAGCUUGUCCGUCCGCAGCCUGGCGCGGCUGGGGUCUAGUUUGUCGACGUUCGGAAUUGCGCGAUUGGGCUCGGCUCUGUCGGUGUUGGAUUUCAUCACCUUCGGUUCCACCCUCAGCUGCCGCUCGAUGGGCCGACUCGGCUCUGCGUGCAGCGUCUUUGGCAUGAACCGCCUCGGAUCUUCCGUCUCGAUUCUCGACACGUUGCAACUCGGAUCUUCCCUGUCGGUGCGUUCCUGCGCUCGCUUGGGCAGCUCCUUGUCCCUGUUCGGGUAUUUACAGCUGGGCAGCAGCAUCUCCGUGCUGGACUUCUUCACGUGCGGAUCUGCCUUGUCGCUGCGGUCCUUCGGCCGCAUGGGCUCCGCUUUGUCCCUCUACGGAACGGUCAGACUCGGCAGCAGCUUGUCCGUGCUGGACUACGCGUGCGUCGGCUCGAGCUUCUCCGUUCGGUCCUUUAGCCGGUUCGGGUCCAGCCUGAGCUCGUUCGGCAUGACGGUUCUCGGGAGCAGCCUGUCCGUCCUGGACAUGUUCUCCCUCGGUUCGACCCUGAGCUUGCGGUCGUUCGGACGCCUGGGAUCCAGUUUGUCGACGUUCGGAUUCUCCGCGCUCGGCAGUUCGGUCUCGGUGCUCGACUUUUUGUCGCUGGGCAGCGUCAUGAGCGUGCGCUCCAUGGCGCGCUUUGGAUCGUCGCUCUCGUGCUACGGGUCCAUCCGACUGGGAUCGUCGUUGUCCAUCCUGGACUCGGCCUCGUUGGGAAGCUCGAUCUCGAUCCGGUCGUUCGCGCGCCUUGGAUCCAGUUUGAGCACGUUUGGCUUCGUCCACCUCGGAUCCGCGAUCUCCGUCCUGGACUUCAACACGUUCGGAUCGACGCUGUCGCUCCGCAGCAUGGCCAGACUGGGGUCCACCCUGUCCGUGUUCGGCUUCGUCGCGAUGGGCAGCAGCAUGUCGAUCCUGGACUGCAUGAUGAUGGGCAGCAGUUGCAGCUUCCGCAGCAUGGGCCGACUGGGCUCCACUAUCAGUUUGUUCGGCUGCGCCAGACUGGGCUCCGCGGCGUCCUGCCUGGACUUCAUCAGCUUCGGCUCGACGUUGUCGGUGAGAUCGUUCUCCCGGUUUGGAUCGUCUAUGUCUGUGUUCGGGGUGACCCGGUUGGGCUCCUCUCUGUCCAUCCUCGACCUCUGUUCGCUCGGCAGUUCGUUCUCCGUGCGCAGCAUGGCGCGGUUCGGCAGCAGUCUGUCCGUGUACGGGUUCGCCACUCUCGGGUCCGCGAUGUCGAUCCUCGACGCGGUCAGCCUCGGGUCCGCCAUGUCGAUCCGCUCCUGCGCGCGGCUGGGAUCCAGCAUGAGUGUCUUCGGGUUCGCGAGACUCGGCUCCACCAUGUCGGUUUUGGACACCAUUAGCCUAGGGUCUGCCGUCUCGUGCCGCUCGUUCGCGCGACUCGGGUCGACUUUGUCCGUCUUCGGAAUGUCGCGGUGCGGCAGCAGCAUGAGCGUGUUGGAUUACGUGCUGGUCGGCUCCACGCUGUCCUGCCGGUCCUUCAUGCGGUUCGGAUCGUCCCUGUCCGUCUUCGGCUUCAGCACGCUCGGAAGCAGUUUGUCCGUGCUGGACAUGCUGUCGCUCGGGUCCAGCUGCAGUCUCCGGGGGUACUCCAGACUCGGAAGUUCGAUGUCGCUGUUUGGCAUUGCGCUUCUCGGAUCGACGAUCUCCUGCCUGGACGUCGCGCACAUCGGGUCGGCGUUGAGCUUGCGGUCGUUCGCGCGACUCGGCUCCUCGCUUUCCGUGUUCGGCUUCACGCAGAUUGGCUCGAGCAUUUCCAUCCUGGACUUCAUCAGCUUCGGCUCGGCGAUCAGCAUCCGGUCGUUCGCGCGCCUCGGCAGCACGGUGUCCAUGUUCGGCUGCGCCAGACUCGGGUCCGCGAUCAGUGUGCUGGACUCUGUGCACUUGGGAAGCAGUCUGUCCCUGCGCAGCUUGGCUCGGUUCGGCUCGACGUUGUCCCUGUACGGCUUCGGCACGUGCGGCAGCAGCAUGUCGAUCUUGGACACGCUGCAGCUCGGAUCGACGUUGUCCGUCCGCAGCAUCGCGCGGUUUGGCUCGGCGCUGUCGGUGUUCGGUUUGACGAAGCUCGGCUCUGGAUUCAGCAUUCUGGACUACAUCACGUUCGGGUCCGCGAUCUCCAUGCGCAGCAUGGCAAGGCUCGGCUCCACAACCUCCAUGUUCGGGCUGUGCCGCCUCGGAUCCGCCAUGUCGAUCGUCGAUUGCCUGAAUUUAGGCAGUGCGAUGUCCGUGCGGUCGUUCGCGCGAUUCGGCAGCUCUUUAUCCGUGUUCGGCCUGGCCCGACUCGGCUCCCGCUGCAGUCUGUUCGACAUGAUGUGCGUGGGCAGCUCGCUGUCCUGCCGCAUGUUCGCGCGGUUCGGAAGCUCGCUCUCGACGUACGGGCUUGCGCGACUGGGCUCUAACAUGUCGAUUCUCGACUUCGUGAACAUCGGGUCCUCCUUGUCCGUCCGCUCCUACAUGCGCAUGGGAAGUUCUUUAUCUCUGUUCGGCAUGACUCGGCUCGGGUCCUCACUGUCCAUCCUGGAUUUCGUGAUGACGGGAUCCUCGAUUUCCAUCCGCAGCUACGCGCGCAUGGGAUCCACCAUGUCGGUGUACGGAGUGCUGGGACUCGCUUCCGCGAUUUCCGUCCUGGACUUCCUGCACCUCGGGUCCAGCAUGUCCGUCCGCUCCUACGCCCGACUCGGCUCCAGCGCUUCCCUCUUCGGGAUCGCGAGACUCGGGUCCGCCUGCAGUGUGUUGGACAUGAUCAGCAUGGGCUCCGCGCUGUCGGUUCGCUCGUUCGUGCGACUCGGGUCCUCCCUGUCCGUGUUCGGCGUGGCUAGGUUGGGAAGCUCCUUGUCCGUGCUCGACUACGUGCAACUCUCCUCUGCCGUGUCCGUGCGCAGCUACGCCCGGCUCGGGUCUAGCCUGAGUCUGUUCGGCUGCAGCAGACUGGGAUCCAGUUUGUCGCUGGUCGACAUGGUGUCGCUCGGAUCCAGUCUCUCCGUCCGAACGUACGCGCGGUUUGGUAGCAGUAUGUCGGUGUACGGCACGAUCAGGAUGGCGAGCGGAUUGUCCCUGUUAGACACGAUUCAGCUCGGCUCGUCGAUCUCCAUUCGGAACUUCGCACGAUUGGGUUCGAGUUUAUCCGUGUUUGGCUGUUGCAGACUCGCAUCCUGCUUGUCCAUCCUCGACUGCGCGACGCUGGGGUCUGGCCUGUCCGUGCGGGCCUGGACGAGGUUCGGCUCCUCGAUGAGUGUGUACGGCAUGCUGCGGUUUAGCUCGCAGAUGUCCGUGCUGGACAUGCUCACGAUCGGCUCCUCCUUCUCCGUCCGCAACUUUGUCCGACUGGCGUCUGGGUUGUCCGUGAUGGGGA